AUAGUCGACCGUGUAGAAUCCGAUUGAAAAGCAUUAAUGCUUUGUGGCCAGACAGCCGGAUGGGACGGGUGAUCACAUCCGUUAACACCCUUUCGUCUCGUCUACUCCAGCCAUUAAUCUCAUCAACUCUGAGCAAAUAUUCGGUCAUAUUAAAUUCCAUCAGUUUGAUUAUUCGUGGCUUUCGCUCCUGUUUGUU